UCAGGGGCGAGAGGACCUCCUCUCUCCCCCAGGGCAGGUAUUUGAGGAAGUCCCUGCCUCGGGGCAGGGCUGGGGGCUGGGGGCCGCUGCAGGAAGGACCCCCGAGGCAGGGAAAGCCCUCUGCAAACCUUGCCAGGCUGGAACUGGCAGAUUUCCUCUCACCCUGAUGCCUGUGUUGCUGGUGCUUGUGUUUUAGACUCACAGGUGAACUGAAUCUAAAUCCCUCGAAUCCUCUGAGCACAGGCCAUGGCUCAGAAGAGCCUCCUGGGCAACGGCGUGAGCUUCCCCUACAAGGACCUGGUGUCCGAGGUGGCCAGACGCAGGUUCACCAUGACCACCAGAGAAGAGAUGCUUACCAAGGAAGGUGAGGAAGCCCUGAUGAGCAAGCCAAAGGGUUUGGAUCAAGUCCCUUUCCCUGACAUGGCCGACCCCCCAUUCCCCCGAGCCCCACCUCCCUCUCCAGCUGAGGACCCCGAAGUCUCCUAG